UCCACCGCCCUGUGCCACCCCGCCCUAGAUAGACUAUACAUGUCAUGUGAUUGUAAACUCUUAGGUCGCAGCGUUUUGAAGAAUCCUAUCACUUUGGAAAGUUUGCAUACAGUGCAGAGCGGAACUUUGACAAGGAAGAAAUUAACACUAGCACUGGACUUUAGGGAAUACCUCUUAAAUAUGUGUAAACCGGCAAAAAUGCUCACGUAUGAUUACUUGCCUGUUAAACAAGAACCAAUGGAAUCGUCAUUCUAUUCUGAUUACAUUGCCAAAACCUUGGUAAAGCCUCCAGAGAAGUACAACGUGAUGUAUGCAUCACAGAAUGGGCUGCAUAGACUGCAUCAGUUUCAUGAUGGACUACCCAAUGGAAACCAAAUGGAGCCAGUAGACCUUUCCCUCAACAAACGGAGCUCUCCACCCUUUUCAAGAAGUUCUCCUUCCUCGCCAUAUUCUUUGACAACCCUUUCCAACUCCAGUCUGUCCCAUGGGAUCUGUAUGUCUCCCUCAAGCUCGCCCCAUAAAAGAACUUCACCUACUGUGUCGCCCCACUCGGUGCCAAUGUCUUUUCCCAGCAUAAUGAGCCCAAUCCUGCCCAGUACAGGACUGCCCAGCCAGGGAAUGAUUUCAGUGAUACCAUCAGUCAUGGUCCAGCCCGUGUCUCUUUUCUACACAUCACAUCAGCCGUUUAUGGUCUCUUCUAUGAUGAAUGAUGAAUUGCGAAGCCUCUCCAGCAUGCAAGAAAUGGGAGGACUGAGUCAUGAAGUGAUGAAACCGAUUAAAUCUGACUCAAGAACAGAACCUAUACAAGAGAGUUAUCAUGAAGAGGUUUCCUCUUCUGGCAUGAAUUCAUCUAUUGUAUCAAAUGAAAUGCACACAAUACUACCUAUUGCAUCACACGGGUCGGCUCUGGAGGAAGAUUGCAGGAGCAAUACUCCGUCUGUGAUCGUUCAGCCAUUGAAGCACCCCCAGCCAGUUGAAUCCCCAGACACGAUGAAGAAACGACGCAUACACAGGUGUGACUAUGAAGGGUGUAACAAAGUGUACACCAAGAGUUCCCACCUCAAAGCGCACAGACGAACACAUACAGGUGAGAAGCCCUACAAAUGCAUGUGGGAAGGCUGCACGUGGAAGUUUGCGCGCUCUGAUGAACUGACCAGACACUUCCGCAAGCACACUGGCAUCAAACCGUUCCAGUGCCCAGACUGUGACCGCAGCUUCUCCCGCUCAGACCACCUGGCUCUCCACAAGAAACGCCACUUACUUGUUUGAACUCCAGGUGUGACAAAAAGAAAAGUUUGUGUUAGCAUUGCUGGUUCAGCUGGUCUGAAUCCUACAAGAUAUGUUGUAUGUGAAAAACAUUUUUUUUUAAAUGGUCAGUACAAGUGCUCAGUCAACACACAGCGUACUUGUUUUAUUAUUCUGAUAAACACGGGUCAGACCUGUAUAAUGUGAACUUUUUUUUUUCUGCGGCUGAAUUGUUUUAUAAAAUAAUAUUUUUUUUUUUGUGGAUUUCUUAUAUGCAUAUAAAAAUAUGUGCCUUUUACCUUUAACUAGUAUUUUUAAUGAUUAUUUGAGCUCAUAAUGAUUCACAUAAAAUGUGUAUCAAACUAUUUGACAAUUUCUAUCUUUGCUUAUUUUGUUUUAUUUGCAGAUAGCAACAGAAAUCAUUUGUGUUGCACACUGGUGUGAAUAGUUCACGCAAAGACACUAGGACAGACCAGCCUGUACACUAUGUGCUGUCUAAAUGGAUUGUAGAUAAUUGAUAAUGUUUUUUGUUUUAUGUUCAGGAGUAGUUGUGAAGGGCUGGUAUACAAAUUAUACUCAUCUGGAUUAAAGCUUGUUGCCUAGCUUUUUAUAUACUUGCUCCUAAGUAACUUUAAACUGUGUAUAUGUCUGGUUACAGCUAAAUCACAAAUAACACCUUAAUCAAUGUUAGGAUUACUGAAGUCCCUUAUGUCACCACUGUGGGAAGAGGAAACCUAGUUUGCCAGGCACUUUACCCAAACCUAGGAUUUCUAACAUGGACUAUAACCAAAGACAUAGGAAUACGUUUGUUCUACGGGAAUUUCUUUUUUGGUAAAAAAAAAAAAUAGUAACAUAGUAAACCCCUGUAACUUUUUUAUGUUAUUUUCCUCACAUGCUACUUGAGAUCGCACUGCACUGAAGUAAAAUUCACAUUCUUUUUUGUUUUUUUACAAUAAAUAUACUGCAAACAACCAGCAUAUCAAACAUUGAUGAUAUCAAACAUUGAUGAAUUUCGAGCAGCAGGUAUGCUCUGUGGACAAAGAUAUCAGGCCUGAUUUUCAAACUUGAUAAUUUUGAUGAGUAAAUCUAUAAUGUCCUUGCAUGUCCUUGAGUCAAGCAGAAUUAUACAUUUAAGUUAAAUUACAAAAGCAAAGCAGAUUUCUACUUUUGAAAUCGCUAAAAGUUUUUACUCAAACUCCACUUACCAAAUUUGGAAAACCAGGCCCGCAAGAAGAUCAUUUAACAUACCUGUAUAUAUUCUAUACAUUAAAAUUAAAAUCCCUUUUGUAAGGCGCACCAGAUGUUACAAUAAUAACCCUAUACAUACAGGUGUACUUAUUGGAUGUGAUAAACUGAUAAGUUAUCAGUUGCAGAGCAAUGCUUUUCUAACUCUCAAAAUGUGAAUUUAUAUCAUAACUGGGCAUUAUUGUUUUAUAAAAUUAAUUUUGGUUUGGGGAAUAAAUAUGGUGAGUUUAUAUAUGGAGAAAUUGAGAUGAUAAGCAGGUAGAAAAAGCAUAUGUAUCUUUUUUUUUACUUUUAUUAAAUUAAAAAUUAACAUUGUGUUGUAUUUAAAAUAUAUAAGAUGUUGAACACAAUUUUCUUUGCACUUUAUCUUAUUUAAAUCUAAAUAAACAAUAUACUGCAUACCCGUUUCUUA